AUGCAAGUCAAGUUUAGCGUUUCUUUCAUAUUUAUUUUCUUUCUUUUUGUUUUCCUUCUUAUUUUUGCAACCAUUUUUCUUUACUAUGUCUUUCAUUCAUUUCCUUCCUUUUGUUAUUUUCUUUUUUACUUCAAGACUUCUUCCCCUUUCGUUUCACUCCUAUCUCUCCUCUUUCUAUACUUAUUCACAGAAUCUCUUUCUUUUAAUAUCCUUCAAUAUCUCCCUCGUCUUUCCUCUUUUCUUCUUCUCUCUUUCUCCUCUCCUCUUUCUCUUUCUUACUCUUCUUUUUUACCUCUCUUUCUCCUCUCCUCUUUCUCUUUCUUACUCUUCUUUUUACCUCUCUUUCUUCUCACCUCCUUACAUACUCUUCUUUUUACCUCUCUUUCUCCUCUCCUCUUUCUCUUUCUUACUCUUCUUUUUACCUCUCUUUCUUCUCACCUCCUUACAUACUCUUCUUUUUUACCUCUCUUUCUCCUCUCUCUUUUCUUUCUUAGUCUUCUUUGUUACCUCUCUUUCUCCUCUCCUCUUUCUCUUUCUUACUCUUCUUUUUUUACCUCUCUUUCUUCUCACCUCCUUACAUACUCUUCUUUUUUACCUCUCUUUCUCCUCUCCUCUUUCUCUUUCUUAGUCUUCUUUGUUACCUCUCUUUCUCCUCUCCUCUUUCUCUUUCUUACUCUUCUUUUUUACCUCUCUUUCUUCUCACCUCCUUACAUACUCUUCUUUUUUACCUCUCUUUCUCCUCUCCUCUUUCUCUUUCUUACUCUUCUUUUUUACCUCUCUUUCUUCUCACCUCCUUACAUACUCUUCUUUUUUACCUCUCUUUCUCCUCUCCUCUUUCUCUUUCUUACUCUUCUUUUUUACCUCUCUUUCUCCUCUCCUCUUUCUCUUUCUUACUCUUCUUUUUUACCUCUCUUUCUUUUCACCUCCUUACAUACUCUUCUUUUUUACCUCUCUUUCUCCUCUCCUCUUUCUCUUUCUUAUUCUUCUUUUUUACCUCUCUUUCUUCUCACCUCCUUACAUACUCUUCUUUUUUACCUAUCUUUCUCCUCUCCUCUUUCUCUUUCUUACUCUUCUUUGUUACCUCACUUUCUCCUCUCCUCUUUCUCUUUCUUCCUCUUCUUUUUACCUCUCUUUCGUCUCACCUCCUUCUCUUUCGUACUCUUCUUUGUAACCUCUCUUUCUCCUCUCCUCUUUCUCUUUCUUACUCUUCUUUCUUACCUCUCUUUUAUUCACACCUCUUUCUCUUCCUUACUCUUCUUUCUUACCUCUCUUUCUUCUCAUCUCUUUCCAUUUCUUACACUUCAUUGUUACCUCUGUUUCUUCUCACCUCUUUCUCUUUCUUACUCUUUUUUUGUUAACUAUUUUUCUUCUCACUUCUUUCUCCUCUUUCCCGCUCCUUACGUUUAUUUCUAUCAGUCUCUUCCUCCAUUUUUUUUCGUUAGUUUUUCUUCCUGUCUUCCUUCCAUUUUUAUCUCCUUUUCCACCGAAGAAUAA